AGCUCUGCGCCACCGCCACACCCGCACCGGGCGGGGCCUGGGCGGCCAGGGCGAGCCCGGAGCAGCUCUGCCAGCCCUGCCCAGGAGCCUGCCGGGGACAGCAGUUCUCUACCUGCCUGGGCACGCAGAGACCGAGAGCUCGAGCCAGCACCAUGGCAACAGUCAAGGGGGUCCCAAGCUUCAAUGCUGAGCACGAAGCACAGGCACUGAGGAAGGCCAUGAAGGGAUUGGGCACUGAUGAAGAUACCAUCAUUGACAUCCUGACAAACCUGAACAGUGCCCAACGUCAGCAAGUUCUGAUCACCUAUAAAAGCACCAUUGGCAGGGACCUGAUUGAUGACCUGAAGUCGGAGCUGUCAGGGAAUUUUGAAAGGGUGAUCAUUGGUUUGAUGACUCCAACCACCAUGUAUGAUGUGCAUGAGCUGAGGAGGGCCAUGAAGGGUGCAGGGACAGAUGAGGGUUGCCUGAUCGAGAUCCUGGCCUCUCGCACCAACGAGGAGAUUCGGCGCAUCAACGAGAACUACAAACUGCAGUAUGGCUCCACCCUGGAGGAGGACAUUGCCUCUGACACAUCCGGCAAGUUCCAGCGAGUCCUGGUGUCCCUCUCCACUGGAAACAGAGAUGAAGGAAGGUAUGUGGAUGGCAGCCUGGCUCAGCAAGAUGCUCAGUGCCUGUAUGAAGCUGGAGAGAAUAAAUGGGGAACAGAUGAGGUGCAGUUCAUCUCCAUCCUCUGCACACGGAACAUUGAGCACCUGCUCAUGGUUUUUGAUGUGUACAGGAGCAUUGCUAACAAGGACAUCACAGACAGCAUCAAAUCAGAGAUGUCAGGACACCUGGAGGAUGCUCUCUUAGCUGUGGUGAAGUGUGUGAGAAACAAACCUGCUUACUUUGCUGAACGGUUGUAUAAAUCCAUGAAGGGCCUGGGGACAGAUGACAGCACACUGAUCCGAGUGAUGGUGUCCCGCUCCGAGCUGGACAUGCUGGAUAUCAGGAGGGAGUUCCUGGCCAUGUAUGGGAAGUCUCUGCACUCCUUCAUCAAGGGAGACUGCUCAGGAGACUACAGGAAAGUUCUGCUCAGGCUGUGUGGUGGAGAGGACUAAAGGCUGCCUGGCUGCACUGCCUGGGGGAUGGAAAGCAGCUGAUCAGAAACAGUUCCUUCUGUUUAAUUUCUCCCAAAUGCCUUCUUAGUUGCUAAAAGCAUUGGCUGGGGUGGUUCAUGCUCUGGCUACACAGUGGCCUUCCUGGCUGACCCUUUUAAGACACUUCUAGGCUUGCAGCAUCCAUUUGUCUGCUACUUGGAGUAGCCUAAGCCCUCCUUGAACAGAAUGCUGGAACCAGAGAGAGAAAAGAAUCACAGAAUCAAUGGGCUGGGGUGGAAAGAAUCUUAAAGCUCAUCCAG